AUGGAAGAUGCUCGCGUUGUAGGGAUUUGGGGAAUGGGUGGAAUAGAUAAGACUACUAUUUCCAGAGCUGUUUAUGACUGUAUCUCUUGCCAAUUUGACGGUUACAGCUUUAUUAAGAAUGUUAGAGAAGUUUCAGAAAAAUGUGGUUUAAAAACUUUGCAAAAACAACUCAUUUCUGAAUUCUUAAUGGAAAAGGAUUUGAAAGUAGGAAGUGCUGGUGAUGCAGUAUUUAUGACAAGGCACAUCGAAUGUAGUAAAAAAGUUCUUAUCGUGCUUGAUGAUGUGGAUGAAUCAACUGACCUUGAGAAAUUGGUAAGAGAGCACGAUUGGUAUAGUUUUGGAAACAAUAAGUUGUUGAUGCAUGAUUUGAUACAACAACAAGGGCAGUAUAUUGUUUGCGAGCAAUCACGUAAAGAGCCUAGAAAGCGCACUAGGUUAUGGCUUGAUGAAGAUAUAAAACAUGUAUUGACGGAGAAUACGGGAACAAACAAAGUGGAAGGCACAGUUAUGCAGUAUAGUGACCAAAGAGGUGCAAAUCCAAAGGACAUUCGAUUUCUAAAACAAUUGAAGUUGAGGCCUAAAGCUUUUGCAAAGAUGUCGAACUUGAGGAUUCUCAAAAUAUGUGAGCAUCUUGUUGAACUUCACUUAACCUAUAGCAACAUUGAACAACUUUGGGAGGGAACUAUGAUGAGAUGUUUAUCAGAGCUUUGUUUAGAUGGGACUGGUAUCAGUGAACUUCCACCUUCAGUUGGACAUCUUACCAAUCUUGGUUUGAUUAAUCUAAGCAAUUGUAAAAACUUGAGCAGUAUUCCAGACAUCAUUUGUCAAUUGAAAGAUAUUAGAAAAUUAAACCUUUCUGGUUGCUCCAAACUUGACAAAUUACUGCAAGAUUUGGGUUUUUUUGACGGUUUAUAUAAGCUUCAUGCAGAUUGGGCUGCAGUUAGAGAACUCCCACCCUUUAUUGGACUUCUGAAGAAGCUUGGAAUACUAACGCUAAGAGGGUGUAAAGGAAUAUCAUCUAAUUCCAUGGCUUCUGAACUAGCAGCUUUGUCUUUAUGGAAACUAGAUCUCAGUUACUGUAAUUUAAAAUCUAUCCCCACAGCCAUUUGUCACAUCUACUCAUUGGAAGAUUUAUAUCUAGGUGGAAACAAUAUGGAAAGUUUACCUGCAAGCAAUAAUUUACUUUCAAGGUUGUCGUAG